AUGAGUAGCACCACGCCGAGCACCGCGCGCACCGACUUUACCAACCACGAUGACAUGGACGAGUACCCCAAUCGCCCGGCGCUAGAGGCGGCGCGCAAACCGAAGUUGCCCUACAUUCUUGACACCCGCCGCUUAGGCAGUCGCAUCUUCUUCGGACCAUAUGUCUACUUUCCCCUCAUCGCUGGACUCACGUGGCUCGGCGGCCUGCUCGCUCUCAUCGGGCUGUGGGCUGCAGCCGGCAAGCCUCGCUACCGACCAACACAAGGGAGUAUCGUCUUUGUCAGCCACGUCGCAGGUGUGCACCGGACCCUGUUUAUAUGUAUCACGUUCUGGUGGGCCACGCUCAUUGCGGAACGGUGGCUCCGGCACACGAACCGCCUCCCAGCCGAUAUGAGGCUUCGUGAACGGAUUCUUGGCUACUGCGCUAUCGGGAGCGCCAUCGUCGCUGGCCUCGGGCUGAUCCUCCUCGCCGUCUUCGACUGCUACGACUACUCCCGGUUACACUGGUCCAUGACCUGUAUUUUCAUCUUUUUCACGGCCCUCAGCGCCAGUUGCCAGACGGGCGAAGUGUGGUCAUUGUAUAAAGACCACCCGAACCGCAUGUCGCUCCUUCGCUCUUCUAUCUUUAAGCUCAUCGUCGUCUUGUCGGCCGUCCUUGGCGCAAUUGCGUUUGCGAUCCUCUACGGCGUCUGCCGAGGGAAGAGCCUAGCGCGUGGCUCACACAGCGCAAAUACGUGCAACAAUGUGACCUCUGGCGCGGCGGCAAUGGAGUGGACGAUCGCGUUCAUCGUCGUUUUCUACUACCUCUCGCUCGUAGGCGACCUGUGGGGCAGCGGCAAGAGCUCUCCGCGCUACCUCCGCCGCGUGGCGCAGUGGGAGGCGAAGCGAGCGGGAUUGGACCGAUGGAACACUCGCGCAGAGGAGCUCAAGGAGCAAGCAAUUGCGCGUAACCGCGGUGAGGAAGUGGUUGUGCAGACCGUGCCCACGACCGUGGCAGCGUCGGCCGUGUAA